AUGCAAUAGUAAGAGAUUUAACUUAAUAAUUAUGAUGAUAACUAGAUCAAUAUGCAAUAAGCUCAAUAGUAUAGAUAACCUUUGGAGGAAUAAGCAUUAAAUUUACAAAUCCAUAAAUAAAAUGAGAGUUUACUUACAACUCAUGAAAAUUUUGAAAACAAUCAAGAAUUAUAAUAACAAUUAUCUGAUGCAAUCAAAAAAGAAGAAAAUUUAUUUAAACAAUUCAAUAAAAAAUUAUCACAAACACUUAAUAAUGCAAAAACUAUUGUAUUGAGUUAUUUUAAAGAAACAAAAAAAGAAAUUAAGAUGAUAGUUAAUUCUUUGAAGACUAUUGAAUUCUAAUAUAAAUUAACCCAAAACUCAUAAGAAAAAAUAAAAUAAUCUUUGAUUGAUCAUCCAAUUAAAUAAAAAUAAUAGUAAGAAAAAUUUAAUGAGAUACUUUAAAUGUUAAAUAUUUUAGUUUAAUAUUCUAAAUCAUUUCAUUAAUUAAAAUUUGAGAUAUAAAAGACUGAAAAAUUAUUCAAUAAUCAAGUAUAAUUAAUAGGCAAUUAAAAUUUUGGUUUAAAACAUGGAUGUCAUUUUUAUAAAUUUUAAGAACUACAAUUCAAAGUAAUUUUAAGAAUAUUUUAUGAUAGGGAGGUGAAUUCAAAUAUGGAAUUAAAGAGGGAUUAUGGAAGGAAAUUAUUUGGGCAAGAUCUGUUCCUUUGGAAUUAAUUUAUGAAUAAGGAUAAUAUCUUCAUGGUAAUAGAACUGGAGAAUGGAAUACUAUAGAUUUAAUAGCUAAUUAGAUUCUAAGUCAUGGAUAUUAUGAUGAAUUUGGUAAUAAAUAAGGAUAAUGGUUUGAAAUGAAAAUAAAGCAUGAUGAUCAUAAUAAUCAUAUAAAGUAAUAUAAAUAUUUUUAUAUUUAGAAUUGCCUAAUGGCAUCAAAAUUAUUUUAACAACUUUCCUUAAGUUGAAAGAAAAUUAACUUAGAUUAUCAAGGUAUUGAUAUUUAUAUAAAAAGAAUUCCUUAGUUUUAAAUUAAACAUGUUGUCCUCAAACUCCAAUAACUGAAGGAUAUUUGACAAAAGUAGGAAAAUUAAAAAGUGGAGAUAACGAAAUAUUUUUGUAAUUGCAACCUUAAAGUUCAAUGCUUUAUUUAUAUCAAUCUUGGUCUUUCAAUACUUAACCUAUGUAAUAAUAAUAGACUAAAUAGUGAAAUAAUUAAUCUUAUUAGUAUUAAUUCUGUUUUUCAUCAAAAAAAUUCAAAAAAAUAAAAUUUAGUUGAAAUCAAUUUUCUUAAUGGCAAAAAUAUAUAAUAUAUGUCAAAAACAGAACGUGCGGCAACAAAAUGGGUUGAUUAAUUGAAUUCAGCUCUAUUGUAUAAUUAAUGGUUGAUUGAAUAAAAGAAUUCAUCAAUAUCUAUAUAAGAUAUAUCUGAAUAAAUUAAUAUUGAGAAAAUUUUUAUUGAGGAUAAUCUUAUAGAAAAUUAAAAUUAUUAGUAUUUGAAAGAAGGAUUUGACGACAUUUCUUCUUUAGAUAUAAAAUAGUUUGAAAUCUUAAAAUAAUUAGGAGAGGGAUUAUUUGGUAAAGUAUUUUUAGCUAAAUAUAAAAACAAUAAUAUUUAUGCUUUAAAACAAAUUUAGAAGAGUUUUUUAAAAAAGAACAAUUACUAAAGGUAUGCAAUUACUGAAAUGGAAAUAUUAAAAAGUAUGGAUUGUCCAUUUAUAAUAAAAAGUUAUGCAUUUUUAGAAGUAAUUUUAGUUUUUUAUAAUUUUUUAAGAAUGAAAAAUUUUAUUAUAUUAUAAUGGAAUAUUGUCCAGGGAGAGAUUUAAUACAUAAUCUUAUAGUUCAUGGAAUAUUUAAUGAAAAUUAAGUGAGAUUUUAUAUGGCUGAAUUGAUAAUUGCCAUAGAAUAUUUACAUAAGAAGAAUAUCUUAUAUAGAGAUUUAAAACCAGAGAAUAUUUUAUUGGAUAGAAGAGGGCAUAUUAAAUUGAUUGAUUUUGGACUUUGUAAAACAGAAAUAAAAGAUGGUGAAAGAAGUCAUAGUUUUUGUGGUUCACCAUAUUAUAUGUCUCCAGAAAUGAUUGAUCAAAAAGGAGCAACAAAAGCUUCUGAUAUUUAUGGAUUAGGUGCUAUUUUCUAUGAGUUAUUAACAGGAAAAUCACCAUAUUUUGAUAAGAGUUAAGAAAAUGUCAAAAAAAAUAUUAAAGAUGCUAAACUUAUUUAUCCAAAUAAUAUUUCUUAGCAAGCUAAAAACUUAAUUCAAGUAAAUUUAAAAUUUAUUUUAGAAAAUGCUUGAAAUUGAUGAAACCAAAAGAAUUACAUUAAAUGAAAUAAAAUAAGAUAAUUUUUUUAGUGGUGUUGAUUGGGGUAGAAUGUAUAAAUAAUAAUAUACUCCACCAAUCAGAGAAUUUGAAGAUCUAUCAGAUGAUGAUUGA